AUGUCGUCGAGACACCUCGCUCCGAACACGCUUGCCUUUUUCGGCCCAGGACACGCCUCUGAGCUGACAGAGUUCUGCAAUGUACGCCUCCGCCGUUUAAGUGGCGAGGAAGCGGUUGAUCAAGUCGUGCGACCUGACUCUGACGAGGAUGGGCAAGAAAUAUCGGUGCCUAGUUCAACCUUCGAACUCCGGGUCGUUGAAGCGGAGAAGGGGCAGCUGUGGCCAGGAAGUUACUUGGCGCACCCAGUAGCGCUCGUUCAAGCAGGAGGACCACGAACUGGUCAAUGGGCUUACGGUGUUGUUCUUCGCUACGAUGUGAACUCGAAAGGAACAUGGCUUAGUGUGCUCUCCGGUGAGGACACCAUCCUUGUCCCUUUGAUCGAGCCGAUACGUAUUAUCAAGGCAGACUCAAUUACAUACGUGCUUCAGAUCGGUGCAACAGUAUCCGACACGACGCUAAACCCGAGGGAACUUCUACUUCAACAGGACACGGUCAUAGGGGCGUGA